AUGGCGUCUGAUGAACCUGUAGACAUCCCAGCUAGUAAUGUACCACCAGGUGAGAAGAGAAUGGUUUAUCGCUACACAUUCAAUCUAACUCUAACUCCCUCCCCAAAUGCUCUGUCUCUGAAUAGCCUGUUUCUCCCCUCAGACUCUAUUGUGAAGCCGCCCACCAGACAGUCUCAUGUCAACAACCCAGACACCAAUGAACACAUAAUAUGGUAGGGAGAUUAGGGAUAGUGAGGACACCAUUUGGUGAAAAUGACUCAUGUAGGGAGUUUUGGAGGAAAACAUUUGGGUGAUGGGGGUGGCAUAGUCCUCUCAAAGUAAGUUUUCCUAUUACUGGUGAUUUAUUCCCGUUUUGUUCUGCAGUUCGGAGAAUACUAAGCUGCAAGCUUUGCCCACUGGUGCCAAGAGGCCGAACAAUCCCCAACAGCCAGGGCCCUCUAGUUGGAAGAAGGACAAAGGAGGGGACCAAGAUGGAAGGAACGAGCUCAGCCAGGGGUCCAGUCAGGUGAGCCAACAACAGUGUCAUUGUAAUAGAACAUCUGGGCUCAAAUCUAUGAAAUACAGUGAGAGGUUAAUGAGCUUCAGAGUUUAAAUCUGUCCUCUCUAAGGGAUACUGCAAAUUUCUAACAAUGACCUUUAACCAAAGUAUGAUCAUUUUCUAACCUUACAUGGUUUGUUUUUGUUGUUUCUCUUAACAAACCCAGAAGCAGAACCAGGUUCAAAAUAUCAAGUUUCUGAUCAAUGUACCCAUGUGGGUGCCACUACCUGAAAACAACCAACCAGAGGACCAAAUCAAGUCAGACAACAACCAAACAGAGGACCAAAUCAAGUCGCAGGUUCAAAGGUUACUGACAUUGCUGGAGGAGACAGGCUUUAAGGAGGAAGACAAGGAGCACCUGAAAGACAUGGCCAUCAUCAUUGGUCUCAAUGGAAAAGAUUAUAAUGUGCUCAGGAAGCUGCUACCUCAGCUGGUAGAAAAAGGGAGAGAAAAAAAACAUUGA